GGCUUUACCGGGUCGAUAACUUCAUUUCGUUAAAGAUCUAAAACAUGGCUGCUCUAUAUUUGUUCCUGUUAUUUUAUUGCUCUUUAUUAACGUUCGGCCAGAGAUAUCAACCAACCUGGGAGUCUUUGGAAAGCCGACCUCUUCCGGACUGGUACGACGAAGCAAAGCUUGGCAUAUUUAUGCACUGGGGAGUUUUCUCGGUUCCUAGUUACAGUGCAGUAUGGUUCUGGAAUUAUUGGAAAAAUGGACACCGAGACAUUGUCGACUUUAUGAAGCGGAAUUAUCGCCCUGAUUUUACAUAUGCCGACUUUGCAGCAGACUUCAAAGCAGAAUUUUAUGAUCCUAAAAGAUGGGCAGCAAUACUAGAAGCCUCUGGAGCUAAAUAUGUUGUUUUAGUUUCGAAACACCAUGAGGGAUUUACCAACUGGCCGUCUAAUUAUUCUUGGAACUGGAAUUCUUAUGACGUUGGUCCACACAGGGACCUUGUGGGGGAACUGGCCGAUGCUAUUCGCUAUACAACAAAUCUGCGAUUUGGACUUUAUCAUUCUUUGUUAGAAUGGUAUAACCCUUUAUAUCUUAGAGACAAAGCAAACAAUUUUACAACACAAGAUUUUGUGAAAUUUAAAUCGAUGCCUGAAUUAUAUGAGCUUGUGAAUAGAUAUAAACCCGAAGUAGUUUGGUCGGACGGAGAAUGGGAAGCAUCAGACACAUAUUGGACGUCAAAGGAAUUCAUAGCUUGGCUGUACAAUGACAGUCCAGUGAAGGACACGGUUGUCACUAAUGACCGCUGGGGCAAAGGCGACAUGUGUCAUCAUGGUGGAUACUUCACGUGCCAUGAUAAAUACCUUCCUACAACUCUCCAGAAAAGAAAGUUCGAAAAUUCAUGGACAAUAGACAAAAACCAUUGGGGAUUCCGAAGAGAUGCACGAAUAGAGGACUUUUAUUCAUCACAGGAGCUUAUUGCAACGUUUGCACAAACUGUAAGCUGUGGAGGUAAUAUGCUUAUGAACAUUGGACCAACUAGUUAUGGAACUUUUCAACCAGUUUAUGAAGAAAGACUUAUUCAGUUUGGAAAAUGGAUGAGAAUAAACGGUGAAGCCAUCUAUAGUUCAAAACCGUGGACAGCUCAACAAGACAAUGCCACUAAGGCAUGUUGGUAUACCAUGAAAAAGACUGAAACGGGAACAAAUGUUUAUGCAAUUUUAGUGGAGUGGCCUGAUACAAACUAUUUGUAUUUAAAGGCACCUAUCACCAGUAGCAGCACAUUGAUAACAAUGUUAGGGUAUCAAGAUUAUAGCUUUAGAUAUACAAAAGUGCAGCCGUCUGGUGUGAAUAUAACAUUGCCAAAUAUAUCUUUUGCGAACAUUCCAAGCACUGAUGCUUGGGUUUUUAAGAUGACUGAUAUAGCGAAUUAGAACGGCCAAUGUUGUUGGAAUAACAAUAAUACUCAUAUUCGAAUCCUCUACAUAAUCUGAGUAAAGUGUGCAAUCAAACGUAUUCAUGAUAGAACAAACUGAGACUGAUACAAUGAAGUUAUCAACAGGAUUUGGAUUUAUAUUUUUUUCAUUUCAUAAAUGUUAUUUUGAACAAUUUUCAUACAGAUAUCUGUGUUAUGCUUGAACUUUAUCUUUUUUAUAUAUACUUGUGACUGCUUUUUCUGUUACAUUGUGUAACAGUGGUCACAGCUUGGGACAAGCAACACAAGAACUAUAGUAGUGUAAAAUGAGUCACUUGAGUUGUUUAAACGUAUGUUUCUUUAAAUUGUUAUCACUGUAUAUAUGUAAAUAAUCAUGAAAGUAUUAAGGUAUUGAUUGGAUACGUAAUUACUUUUAUCGAUGAGUAUGUUUUUUUCAUUCAUUCAUAUGUAUAUGUAUUUAUUGAUAUAUUUUUUUUACCAUAAUUUAUAUUAUACAAAUUUGUUUUAGUAUUUCUAAUAAACUGUCACAAAUCUGU